GGGGGGAUGGGGCAGGAUAAAAUUUCAUGACACUCACUCCUCCUCGUUACUACAGACUCCUCCUCUUUACUAACGCUUACCCUCAGCUCUCCAUUUCCAUUAAUGUUAAUAUAAGCAAAUCUAUUCUAGCCAAACUCAAUCAUUUUGUUUAAAAAACUUCAAAAACAACCUCUCUCCCAAAUUCUUUAAAAAGUAAAAAUCUUUCUCUGAUUGAAAGAAGUAAAAAAACAAAUGAGAGGCAAAGCAAAAAUGCUUCUUUUGCCUUUCAAUCUUGUUUGGCUGGCUUUGAUUCUGGCUUCAUUUUUUGAUAAAAAUGUUGCUUAUAAUGAACCUAGAUUGAUGGCAACAAUACAACAAAAUCUUAUUUAUGCAACGUUUCCAGGCGAGAGAUUCCCUCAGACUCGAUACACAUUCAACGCAGGUAGGGUUUAUUUUAGUAAGGCUAUGUGGGGAUGGGACGGGCUGAGAAAAAAAGUCACAGUUUGGAUCUUAUCUCUCAAAAUCCUCUUUAAAUCUCAAAUUUAUUGAACUUUUUAAAUAAUUCUAAGGCUCUCUUAAUCUUAUUCCCUUUAAAUCCAUCGAUAUCGCCCCAAUUUAUGCUAAUCAUUUUAUUCGCUACAAAUCCCUCGAUAUCUCCCCGAGUCUCUUACUUAAUUUGUAUCCUAAUCCUUAAGUAUUAUCCUAAUUUUGAAAUUUUCUCAUUGAAAAAUACAAUGCCACC